AUGAGCCUGCUGUCGGCCAUCGACACGAACGCCGCCUCGGUGUACCAGCCGGCCCAGCUGCUCAACUGGGUCUACCUGUCGCUGCAGGACACACACCAGGCCAGCGCUUUCGAUGCCUUCCGGCCCGAGCCGCCCAGCGGCGCCGCGCCCCCGGAGCUGAGCUUCGGCAAGGGCCGCCCGGAGCAGCUGGGCUCGCCUCUGCACUCCAGCUAUCUCAACAGCUUCCUACAGCUGCAGCGCGGAGAGGCGCUGAGCAACAGCGUGUACAAGAGUGCCUCACCCUACGGCUCCCUCAACAACAUCGCUGAUGGCCUGAGCUCGCUCACCGAGCACUUCUCGGACCUGACCCUCAGCUCGGAGGCCCGCAAGCCCAGUAAGCGGCCUCCGCCCAAUUACCUGUGCCACCUGUGCUUCAACAAGGGCCACUACAUCAAGGACUGUCCUCAGGCACGCCCCAAAGGCGAGGGUCUGACGCCGUACCAGGGCAAAAAGCGCUGCUUCGGCGAGUACAAGUGUCCCAAGUGCAAGAGAAAAUGGAUGAGCGGGAACUCCUGGGCCAACAUGGGGCAGGAGUGCAUCAAGUGCCACAUCAAUGUGUACCCGCACAAGCAGAGACCCCUGGAGAAGCCUGACGGCCUGGACGUGUCCGACCAGAGCAAGGAGCACCCGCAGCACCUCUGCGAGAAGUGCAAGGUGCUGGGCUACUACUGCCGCCGCGUGCAGUGACGCCGCCACCGCCCACCACCUCCCUGUGCUGCGCAGGGGGCCGCGUGUCCCCUGGCCUCGUGUACGCGUGGUGGCAGUGUUGUUGAGAUCUCUGUCCCAGGGCUCCCUCCUCUGGGAGGCCCUCUGGGGUGAGCAGCCUGCAUUGGCCACGAGUGCACCAAAUUUACUGUGAAUCCCAAAGCCCACAGGGGUCGUGUCCCCAGGCCAGCCAGGCCCCCUCCUGCUCAGAACCGUCCCGUUUGCCCUGUGUGCAGAGCCACUCAGAAAGCAGCCACCGUGCACAGCCACCUGUGCGCAGCGCUGGGGAGUGGGCCUGUGUCCCCUGCCCACGGGGAGCCCCAAAUCCCGACCCCCUUGAUGUCACCUCAUCGCGCCUGGGAGCUGCCCCACCCCAGGCCCAGGCAGCACAGGUCAGAAGGUGGCGCUGAGCCACCUUGUCCGCAUCUUGGACGGCGCUCUAAGAUGUGUCCCAGGGCUCAUAGGGGCGCUCCCACGGCCCCCCACACAUCCCACCGGCCUGCGUCCUGUCAGCCUCAUUCCCCUUCCAUCCCCAUUGCCCCCUGCCCCCCUGGGGAGCCGUCAUGGCUGCAAGCCUCAGUUCAAAGGACACAGGCCUGGCCCUCUGGUGAUGCACUGUGCCGUGUGGGGGAAUGUCACAUCUCCAGCCUCAGUUUCCCCAUCAGGAGAGAGGAGGACACUAGAAAACAGAGGUCCCCUGAGAGCUCUGAUGUCCCAGGAGCAGGCUGGCCAGGUUGCCUCCUGGACCAGCACUUUGUUUGGGGAUAUCCACCCCCCUAGAUGUGGGUGACACCUCCCAGGUACCGCUUACUCACACCCCUGCCCCCUCAGUGGCCACUUAGGAAGCCAGGCUGAGGGAUGAAGAGCCCUCCUGCAGCUGCCCAACCUGUUGUCCCUUUCCCCUGCCAAAAAAUGGACAAGAACCCCUCCCCCUCCCCCAGCCCUUCCCAGGGGGCUGCCCUGAGACAGGCCACCGAACUUGUCGGGUGGAGAUGGAGGACGGUGACUUCCUACCUCCCGAGGAGCAGAGAGGCCUCGUGGCACGUCACACGCUGAGGGAGGCCGCAGUCCUGGUUGGCAGCAGGCACGUGCCUUCCUUUCUCCCCAGCCGGAAGCCCUGCUUCCAUUGUCCUUCUUUUCUCAUGGGGCAGGGACAGAACCAGCUGGCAGCAUUGGGUCACUUGAUUUUUCCCCAAGAUUGUGCCUCUGUGGGGAAACAAAACAAAACAAAACAAAAAUCAGACCACAAAUGGGCCUGAAAUCCAGUGUUUACCAUGGCUCCAGGACACCCAUCCGGUGCCGGGUCACCUUUAGUAUUUAAAUGAAAAUGCUUUGUGCAAGUGAGGAUUUACAGUAAAGUGCUCACCAAGGGUCCAGGGAGUGGGUAGUAGAGGUGGAGCGACCUGCGGCCAGGGGGGCUGCAGGGUAGAUUUUGGGUGGCCCCAUCCUCUGAGCACUUAAAACCCAGGUGCGUUUGCUGCAGCUGUGCCCUCUAGCUGCUGCCCGCCUGGACAGCAUGCUGGCAGCAGACUGGCAGCACCACCCACCCCUAGGCACUGCCACUGGGGACUCCCCAGCCCAGCACUGCAUUGGGGUGACCUGAGCGGCCUGGGCCUAAGGCUUCUGUCCCCAAGAAGAAGCUGCAGACAGCAGUCAUCCUGCUGGAGCUCUAAGAGAAUGCUCCCAGCGGUGGACAGUGUGCUUGUCUCCCCUGGAGGACCAGCGGAGCAUGGGGACCCUCGACCUGAGGACGGCUGGGGCCUGCAACUGGGCUGCGCAGGCUGGGGAAACUCACACCCUAGAAAGAACCCAGGCUCCAGAUCAUAGCAGGCCAGGGCCAAAAGGAAAUAGGAUAUCACCCCUAAGUGACCUUCGCAGCAGGCUGGUCCAGCUGGGAGCCAUUGCCAGGCCAUCUGUGCAAGUGGCCACCUCGGGGGCUAGGCCUGAGGCGGCCACCCCCAUGGGCCUUCUUGCGCUGUUGGGGGUGGGGAGGGGGGCUCUGUGAUCGGCGGAAGACAACACUGUCUGGGCUGUAUGCCGCGAGAACUGAGCGCUCAGAGGGCCAGGGAGCCCAGAGGCAAGAAAGCUUCAGUGUUUGUGCAUUCAAAAAGGGACAAUCGUCUGCGGUUGGUAGAUCUAGCGAUCUAGUUGGGAGAUCAUGGUGUUCACCCCAUACGAAGUAUUCGAUAGCUCUACUUGUGAAUUUGUAUUUAUUUUGAGUUAUACUUGACACAGAAUUCCUUUUUUAAAAAACAAAAAGUACUAUGUGUGUAUUUUGAGGGAAAAAAUGCAUAGAUGUUAAAAUUUCUGCAUGGUUACCACUUUUUUUCCCCCCACAACACUGAAUUUGGUAGCUUCUCCCCCCCAAAAAUCUUCACAGUGAUUUUUGUUUGUAUAUAUUUGAGGGCCUUUUUUUAAAAAAGAAACCACAAAAACAAAAGAAAAAUAGGAUGGCUUGAUUUUUUUAGAUUAAAAAACAAAAAGAGAGGCAUUCUAAAAACUUUAGACCUUCUAGGAGGGCAAUAGAAUAUCAAACACAGAUUUCUGGAAGUGUUUUUAAAAAUCUUCUGGUUGAACUACAAGAAAAUAUUUAUGGUGAGAACUUCUUUUUUUCCUGUUACUGGUUUUUGUUUGGUUUUUUAAAAAUUUUGUUUUUUACUAUGCUUUGGUCUGUAAAAAGUAUGCAACUGAACUACAUUAAGAAGGAAAUAUUGUCUACAUAGAAUAUUAUAUGAAGUUGGUACAUAAUUCUGAUGAGAAAAAAAAAAUUCUGCAAUUCUUUAAGCCAUGUUGUUGUUAUUCUGUAUUUCCUGGGAUGAAAAUAUCAGUAUUAAGUAGCCAGCAUAUUAUUCAAAUGUUUAGACUUAUUAAUGUGUUCUUGUCCUGUAUUUAUACAUAUGUGUAUUUUGGAAAGUAUUGCUUUUUUUUUUAAAAGGGGAGCUAUUAUUAGAUACAUAGCAAAAAAAGGGAACGGUAACUCCCUCCGCUGAGGAUAGCCACGCCACCUUGUAAUCUGUUUUCCUGCACCUUCUUGUUAUUAUCUUGUUACUACGGUUUUAUUAAUCUUGUAGGGUAGGGCAGGGAGGGGACGAGAAGAAUGGAAACAUGAGAUGAUCCAGCCUCUCGGCCGGCCAGCAAGGCCCGUGGAGCAAGGGGGAGCCUUGGGGACUCUUCUCCUGACCCUCCGGGCCCUGCUCUUGAACUCGGAUCGGUCAGCCAGAACCCUCACGCCUGCCUCCAGCAUCUAAUAGAUUUGAAUCUACUCUAAACACGUAUUUAACCCAACCUCACUACAUUGUAGCCCAGUGCAGCAACUAAUGCGAAGGGUGGGGGCAUCCCAGCCUUUGGAGAGGAGGUGACCCAGGGACUGUUCCCUGGCCGCCUGCGGCUGGUGGUGUCUAUGAUCACCUUUGUGGUGACCAGCUCCAGCUGCUGGACCUCCUCCGCCCCCUGUGUGGUGACCCUGUCCGUGUCUGUGAUGUCCGUAUGUGUAUGUCCAGCUGAAAGACAAACAGAACCCGUGGGCCCCGCUGGGCGGGCACGUGGAGACGGCGCCUGGCUCCCCGCAGGGCCGCCCUCGGGAUGGCAUUCCGGUGUGUGCCUUAUUCCUGGAGACUGUAUACGCCUUGCCUUUGGAAAUAUAGCCUUUUCAUGCUAUAUUAAAAGGACUUUGGAACGCA